AUGAUUCGAUCGAGUCUUGUAUUAAUUCUUGUCAUCGCUACUUCGCACGUUACCGCUGGAGAUGACUGCAAAGGAUGUGUGCCCUUGGAUUCAUAUUCUUUUGAUAAGGUUAUAUCCAGAUUUAAGACAGUGCUCGUUAAAUUCGAUGUUGCAUUUCCUUAUGGUGGCAAGCACGAGCAAUAUGCGACUGUGGCGGCUGAUACCAAGGAUUCACAAGAUCUCCUGAUAGCUACAGUAGGCGUGAAAGAUUUUGGCAAUAAGGAUAAUUCUGAUCUAGCGCAACGUUACAACAUUAAGAAGGAUGACUUUCCAGUAGUUUUAUUAUUUGUACAAGGCAAAUCAGAACCAAUCAGAUUCACUCCUGAAAGAGAAUCUGAUUUUACAGGCGAAUACUUGAAGCGAUUUAUCAGAUCUAGAUCAAGAGUGUACUUAGGAUUACCAGGAUGUGUGGAACGACUAGAUAAGCUAGCUGAAGAAUUUAAAGCUACUACGGGAGAGCAGAACAGGCAGGAAAUACUAAAGAAGGCACGAAUCUUUGAGGAAACUUUGCCAGAAGAGCAACGAGAGGCAGCAAAAAUUUAUGUUAAGACUAUGGAAAAGAUUCUGGAACGAGGAGAUAUAUUUGUACAAACAGAAGAAACGCGGGUACAGGGUCUUCUUUAUAAAGAAAAAUUGUCUGAUCAAAAGAAACGUACAAUGGAAGAGAGACGAAACAUCUUACAAUCUUUUUCAGCAAGGGAUGAGUUGUAGAGCGUUUAAAAUUUACAAUGAUCACCUAAGUAAUAUCAUCUAGCAAUCAAAUUUUAAUUCGAGUGUCGAUUGUUGAGCUAUUUUGAAUUAUUUCAUACACUCGUUUUAUAAAAGUAGCGAUAAAAAUAGAAAUCGCGCGCGCACAUAUGAGAACGGUAUAUUAUACUUAUUUUCUAUUAAAUGAUAUAUUUACUUUGUUAUUUUGCAUUCCUUAGUCUAUUCCUCUGUGAUGAAAUGUUUCUCACGCUUUGUGCUCUAUUAGUGCAAAAUACAAAAUGACUGAUUAUUUUUUCAUACAAUUAUUUUUUUUUGUUCUCAUUUUUUCACACAAAAUACAAAUGAAUAUAAAGUAAGGCAAUAAAUACUAAAAAUACAUAAUUCUCGUAUCCAAAAGAAUAUCUGUCGUUUGUCAAAUCGAUUAUUUAAUACAUUUACUGUUCAAUGUAUUUGAAAUUGAGUCUCGUUGGGAGUUGAGCCGGUCUCCGUCCCUUCUGACUCCAAUAACCAACGAUCGGAUAAAAAUGAUAAUUGUCAAAUUCCUUUCAUAUAACAAUUUAGAAAGUAAUGAAAAAUCUCAAAUUACAUGGAUGCAGUAGACAGAACGUGUGUUAAACAUAUUUAGUACCUAUUACAUAAAAUGUGCAAUAGACAAAAAAUUAAAAAUAUUCUUUAUAGAAAAGUUGAUCGGUUGUGGAUUAAGAAGUUAUAUGUAUAUACAAAAUGUCCCACGAGAUUUCUCCAAUCUUCCACAGAAUCGAAAUAAAUACAAAAAUCCUAUACUGUGUGUGUUUAGCGAUUCUCGCAAUAUUAAUACAGGUAUUAAUUUUUGAAAUUGUACUAACAAGAGAAUCCGUUUUGAGAAACGCUGCGGCCGCACGAAGUAUAGCCCGGCCCACUUUUUCAAAUAUGGCUGCGGUGGCAGCGCGAUUAGAGAGGCAAGAGGGGAAGCGUGUCGUCGCUUGGCAAGACUUGUAUUUAUUUCGAUCCUAUCUACUUUCCUGUGUGAGAUUGGAGAAAUCUCGUGGGGACACCCUGUAUAUAUA